CGCCCCGACACCGCCCCCUGACGUGUUCGCUCAGACUUAUAAAGCGGUUGAGCCUCCGAGAGUUGCAGAGGGAGCUGGAAGCUGAGCCCAGAGGACUCGUCAGUGCCUGCGGAGAACUUGACGCUAGAGUCCACAGCCAUGGGUGGGGAGCUGAAGGUGAAGAUGCUGGGGGGUGAAUUCCUGGUGCCCCUGAAGGACUCCAUGCUGGUGUCGGAGCUGAAGCAGCAGAUCGCCCAGAAGACAGGAGUGCCCCCCUUCCAGCAGCGCCUGGCCACCCACCCAGCCGGCAUGGUGCUGCAGGACAGGGUCCCCCUCGUCAGCCAGGGCCUGGGACCCGGCAGCACGGUCGUGCUUGUCGUGCAGAACUGUGACACCCCCCUGAGCAUCCUGGUGAGGAACGGGAAGGGCCGCAGCAGUGCCUAUGAGGUCCGGCUGACGCAGACGGUGGCAGAGCUCAAGCAGCAGGUGUGCCUGCGGGAGAGCGUGCAGGCCGACCAGUUCUGGCUGACUUUCGAGGGGAAGCCCAUGGACGACCAGCUCCACCUGGGGGAAUACGAGCUUACAGCCGGGUGCACAGUGUACAUGAACUUGCGCCUGCGGGGGGGCGGGGCAGGGCCAUGGGGGCCGCGCUAAAGGCCCCCCACCCAAGUCCCUGGCCAAGUGUGGGUAAUAAAUGCCUAUGCAAUGCUAAAA